AUGGGGCAACACUUCGACAUUUCACUUCUACAGGGAAGUCUCCUGGGAGGAAUUCCUCCAGGCUUAUUACAGCUUUUCAUAGAGGGGUUGGCCAAUACUGAAGAAUUCAUUGAUGGCCAAUUUACUGGAAACCUGGGGGAGAUUCUCAUAAGGUGCAACAAUGUUUUGUAUCUUCGAGGUGUGCCAGAGGAUGAAGAGAUUGAAGACGCUGAUUGAGGAUGGUUAUUUUCUCGUUCUUAUUUUACAAACUUUGCAUGCACAUUUUAAUGCAGUCAGAUUAUUGUAACCUAGUGAAACUUGAAUUGGAAUUUUUUAGAUUGUAUGUAUUUUACGUCUUGCACUAAGAACUGAUACUGGAUGAACUUAAGCUCCUUUUUACCUCCGAUCA